UGUCUGUCCUGAAUCAUUUUUUUUUCCUUAUGCAGCUGCUUCUGAGCUUCAACCUACUGAGUUAAUUAUUGCUUCAACUAAUCAGUGUCGGCGGACAUCAAAGGAUACUAUAACUUCUAUAUAGUGUGACCCGGUUUAGCGUCAGUCUGAUUUUAAAUCCGUUGAAUUGAACUUUUCUGCGGCACCGACCACACGAGCUGAAGAUGAAUCCCAGCAGCAGCAGCAGCAGGAAGACUUUCCUCUUCACAUCCGAGUCUGUUGGAGAAGGACACUCCGAUAAAAUGUGCGAUCAGAUCAGUGAUGCUGUUCUCGAUGCGUACCUGAGUCAAGACCCUGACUCCAAAGUGGCCUGUGAAUGUGUGGCGAAGACGGGGAUGAUCUUACUGGUUGGAGAAGUGACAUCUAAGGCCACAGUGGAUCUCCAAUCAGUGGUCCGAAAUACUGUGAAGAAGAUCGGCUACGAUGACUCUUCAAAAGGUUUUGACUAUAAGACCUGCAACGUGCUGCUGGCUCUGGAGCCGCAGUGUGUGGAGAUAUCAGACUGUGUGUUUGAAGGCAGGGAUCAGGAGGACAUGGGCGCAGGGGACCAGGGUUUGAUGUUUGGCUACGCCACAGAUGAGACAGAGGAGUGUAUGCCCUUAACCAUCCUUCUGGCCCACAAACUCAACUACAGGAUGAAGGAGCUGUCACGCAACGGAGAGUGUCCGUGGAUAGGACCAGACUCCAAGUCCCAGGUCACAGUGGAGUAUAAAGACAACAUGGGAGCCACGGAGCCGCUGCGUGUUCACACUGUGGUCAUCUCAGUCCAACACAGCCCUAACAUCUCCCUGGAGGAGAUCAGACGCAAUCUGAUGGAGAAGGUGGUGAAGGUCGUCAUUCCUGCCAAGUACCUGGACGACAGGACCGUCUACCAUCUGCUGCCAAGUGGGAAAUUCCUAAUGGGAGGCCCACAGGGUGAUGCGGGACUCACAGGACGUAAAAUCAUAGUGGACACCUAUGGAGGAUGGGGCGGGCACGGAGGAGGGGCCUUCUCUGGAAAAGACUACUCCAAAGUGGACCGGUCCGGGGCUUAUGCGGCACGCUGGGUCGCCAAGUCUUUGGUCAAAGCCAGACUGUGCAGGAGAGCCCUCGUCCAGAUCUCCUACGCCAUCGGUGUGAGCCAUCCACUCUCCAUCUCAGUGUUUCACUACGGCACGUCGAGCAGGGACGAAGACGAACUGCUGCAGAUAGUACAGAAGAACUUUGACCUGAGGCCUGGAGUCAUUGUGAAAGAGCUGGGUUUGAAACGGCCAAUUUACCAAGCCACUGCGUGCUACGGUCACUUCGGCAGAGAGGAGUUUCCCUGGGAAAAACCAAAGCCUCUGGUGUUUUGAGUUUGACAAAAAACACAUUCUAGUUUAUUUCUUAAUAAUCAAUCAUAAAACAAUCAAUUUGAGUCUCAUAAUUAAAAUAUAUCUUUGUAUAACUGUGCAGCUGAAAACAGAAGUUGCUGUCUGUGUUUGCCUUUGAUAAUGGCCAUAAAUAAUAAUAAUUAUCCAGUGUAGAUGAGCAUAACCAGAAGACUUGUAACCAUAAAGCAGUCACAUGAUUUUUGUUUACCCUUGUUCAGAGAGAGAGAGAGAGAGAGAGCGAGAGAGAGAGAGCGAGCACUGGAAAAUGACUGCCCUUCACCUAAUGUUUUAUUAACUUAAUGAUAUGAUAUAAUUAUAGAUUAAAUGGGGUUUCUGCUAUGACCUGUACAUUUGUAGCCUCCACCAUCUCCUGUAACAACAUGCAGUUGCUAAA